AUGGGCCCCCCUGCUAAAAAACGCAAGAUUACCCAGCCAAAACCGCGAACGACCGAGUAUCUUGACCUCCAAACUCUGUGCGAAUCCCUCGAGGACAAUACUAGUGACGAUUGUGCCCAGUUGGAACGCCUUCUCAAGGUUUUGCGGAAAAAGAAAAAGAUUGUCGUCAUUGCUGGUGCCGGCAUCUCUGUAUCCGCAGGUAUUCCCGACUUUCGUUCCAGUUCCGGACUAUUCGCGACCCUCAAGACGCAGCACAAGCUCAAAGGCUCCGGUAAACACCUGUUCGAUGCCGCCGUCUACCGCGACGAUUCCUCCACCCAAUCUUUCCACACCAUGGUCCGCGAGCUCGCUUCUAUGACGAGCAAGGCUACCCCCACCCCCUUCCACCAUCUGCUAGCCUCCCUGGCCGCCGAGGGCCGCUUGAUGCGCCUGUAUACCCAAAAUGUCGACUGUAUCGAUACCAAUAUGCAACCCCUAGCCACGAAUGUGCCCCUCAACAUCAAGGGCCCUUGGCCCGUCACUGUCCAGCUCCACGGCGGGCUCCAGAAGAUGGUGUGCACCAAGUGCGGAGAACUCGAAUCCUUCGACGGCGACCGAUUCACGAGCCACGAGGCCCCUCUCUGCCAGACCUGCCAAACCCAAGAGGAACUGCGAAUCAAGUUUGCGAGGAAGCGUAGCCAGGGCGUUGGCCGUAUCCGACCACGAAUUGUCCUGUACAACGAGUCCAACCCCGACGAGGAUGCCAUUGGCAACGUGAGCAUGGCCGACUUGCGCAACCGCCCCGACGCUGUUCUUGUUGUUGGCACCAGCCUCAAGAUUCCCGGCGUCCGCCGCCUGGUCAAGGAGUUCUGCCAGGUUACGCGCGGCCGCAGGGAUGGCUUCACCGCCGGACCUGGCCCAGCUCCCCGCUGGGACGACAAGGAUACGGGCGAAGCGGCCGAGCUCACCGAAGAGGAUCUGAAGCGCCGCGUCGAAAUGUUGCGACGGAGCAAGGUCGAGGUCUGUCUCGCAUCGCCCCCACGCUCCCAGUCAGCUCAGGAUGGUGCUGGUGGAAUCGCCGAGGUCCUCUCCAAGCACCCCUCAGGCAUCGCGACCAGCAGGAUCUCCCUCAAGUCGCAAACGAAGCUUUCCUUUGUCAAGUCGUCGGCUGGUAUUUCCUCCGCCAAACCUGCCACCACAACCAGCGCCGCCAAGGCUGGUGUCAAGAAAGGGCCCGCGAAGCCACGCGCCCCGAAAUCGCGAAAGCCCAAGAAGACGACCUCGUCCCUCCAAAAUACCGUGGCGGAUACGUUCAAGACUGUCAAGAGCGGGGCCGCUCGCCCAUCCAAGCUGGACAAAAAGAUCACCAUCGACACGUCUUUUACGGCUACCGGCCCCGCCGACGACUCCGAUACCUCGACCCUCACCUCUCUCGCGUCCUCCCCGACUCUGCCAUGGCCGCUGCUCUCCCCGAUUUACGGCCAGCCCGCCGCGCCUCGGAUGAAUUUGUCUUUACCAUUGAGCGACAGUUGGAAAGCGACGUCGAUGAUACAAGUCCCCUUCGCCGACGCUGGCGAGACGCGCCGUCACCGGUCUCCCAGUGUUUUCUGCAUAGGCCGCCGCGCCUCUCCUCCACCUCCAAGCAGGGAAUCCUUAGUGCCAGGUCUCACAACUGUGCUGGUUUCUGCGACCUACACUGUUUAG